GCUCAGAGCAGGGAUAGGUGGAUGGCUUUGCUUUUGUAAAGGUGUGGGAAUGCCCUGUGAUGUUUUCCCGUACUCCCUUUGAAUGUUAAUGCUUUCUUGAAGAUGAUUUCAGACACACUGCCAGGAUACUGCCUCUACUCACUGAAGCAGAAUCCUCUGAAGAGUUGCUGAGGCAGAACCGAAAUCAUGGCUUGCCUCAGAGCAGCAGCCUUAUUGGCUGCUCUAGAUGCCUCACACGAAAGACGAUGCUCCUUUCACUCAGGGGUUUUCAUGGGAAGUUUCACAGCCUGAAAGAACAGCUUUAGAUCUGGGGUGUGCCAUCCGCUGCCUGCCGCUACCACUGGCUACCACUUUAACACAGCUUGUCUGAGAAGAAUGGACACUACAGAGGCUUGUAACUACCUGUAACUGUUUAACCAGGAAAUGGAUCAAGUGUUUGUUCAGCCAGAUCCAGCAGAUGACUCGGCCUCUCCAAGCUGCAGUUACCAUGGUUUCAACAGGCUGAUGAUGGCAGCAAAGGAAAUUGAGAGAUCCUGUGCUCUGGCUUUCCUGGAUGAUGGACGGGGGACAGCCCGUCCCUUCCCCUUCAUUGUCCCUCGGGAACACAUCGACAGACUCUAGCAUGUCUCUGGAGCAAAAAACCACAUUUGUCUUCGUGAUUUUGUUGUUUAUUUUCUUGGGCAUCCUCAUUGUCAGGUGUUUUCGGAUUCUUCUGGAUCCCUAUCGAAGCAUGCCCACUUCAACAUGGGCAGAUGGACUUGAAGGCCUGGAGAAAGGGCAGUUUGACCAUGCACUUGCAUAAUAGCCAGAACCUCUCCUGAGGAGGUCAAGUGCUUCACAUCUUAGCAGAAAUUUUCUUUCCCUGAUGUUCUCAAUAAACCAAAUUUUAACCUGUUUGACCCUCCUGGAGUCCAGCCCUCCUGCAACCCUUUGUUCUAUAAUCAUGCAAUUGGGGUGAAAACUUUUGAGGAUAUUGGGAAGGAACGCUUAUAUUGCCAACACAAAAGGGGUAGUUUUACAUUUCCCUGUUUACUCAAUGAAUGAAUGUUGCUGAGUCUACAAUGUGAUGGUGAAACUGAGAACAUCAACAGUGACACACACUUGGCCACAAACAUAGGACCAUGUGACCUGACCCAGGAAUUAUGACUAGGAAAGAUUUGAUCUGCUUCUGGUUACAGGACCAGAUGCCUUCCUCGGCAGAAUAUGACUCUUAGUUUGGUCAUUUUUAUAAGAAUGUGCAUCCUUGGCAGAGUGGACCCAAAGAAGGUCCUGUUUUUACCUAAAGCAAAGAGUACUGUGGGAAAG